AUGGAAGAGGAGUACUAUGGACCACAGGGAGACUGGGACGGCGGGGCGGUGGGUAUCAGUGCGUGCCACCAGCUCCUCCAUCCUCAGGUGCUUCAGCUCCUCAUCAAGCUCUUCGAGACGGAACACUCGCAACUGGACGUUAUGGAGCAGUUGGAGCUAAAGAAGACUCUUCUCGACCGCAUGGUCCACCUGCUGAGUCGAGGCUAUGUAUUGCCUGUGGUUACCUACAUACGCAGAUGCCUCGAGAAACUCAACACAGACAUUUCACUCAUUCGAUACUUUAUUACUGAGGUGUUGGACGUGAUAGCUCCUCCGUACACGUCUGCGUUCGUUCAGCUCUUCUUACCCAUCCUGGAGAAUGACAGCAUCGCCGGCACCAUCAGAUCAGAAGGGGAACACGACGCAGUGGCAGAGUUUAUAGCUCACUGUAAGUCCAACUUCAUCAUGAUGAACUGAGGAUCCUGAUUGGAUGUGGAGGUGUGCUGGGACGGGACCUUAAAGCAAUUGCCCAAUGAGGACCGAGCUGACCGUGAUGUCAGACAGACGCCAACCAGUAGGAUUUGGCCUUUGUUGAGGAGGCAGAUAAUGCAAGCUCAACAGAACAGAACACACCAUCAGACCAGAGAACCUUCACAAGAGUGCGCAUGUGUGAGAGAAUGUGUAC